CUGUGGAUUGGCGUUUUGCGCUGCCGAGGGAAAUAAUGAUCGGUGUGGAAGCUUGGAAUCGUUUCCAGCGACUUCGAAGCUUCCUUAUUUUCUAGCCCUUCAUCCACGUCCUAGCAGUCGCCGUCGAUUGAUCUGCCCUCAUGGUUUGUCUCCAUAAAAGCAUCCAGAUGCGAGGCUUCGGCUUGAGGCUCCGUUGGGGUUAGUGGUAGGAUCUCCUGUUUUCUGCUUGGAAAUUUGUUGGUCGUUGCACAGGUAGAGUGAAGCAAUGAGGGGUUUGAAGAGAGGAAGAUUCAUCGGCGGUGGCGUCGUCGAUGUGUUGGAGCGGGAAGUUGGGAAUCUCACUCCGAGAAGCUUCGCGAAUGUUUUUGGGGCUUCUGAGGGUCUUGUCCGCAGGCUUACUAUUUGUAAGAAGCUAGAUAAACACCGGGGCUGUGUGAACACAAUAAGUUUCAACACUUCUGGUGACCUUCUUGUCUCAGGUUCUGAUGACAGAAUGAUAAUGGUGUGGCAUUGGGAUUCUGGGACUGUUAAAUUAUCAUUUCACUCAGGCCAUGGUAACAAUGUUUUUCAGGCAAAAUUUAUGCCCUACACUGAUGAUCGGAUCAUCGUCUCAUGUGCCGCAGAUGGGGAGGUGAGGCAUACCCAGAUCCUAGAUGGUGGAAAGGUUGCCACUACAUUGUUAGGGCAGCAUGAAGGUAGGGCUCAUAGGCUGGCCAUUGAGCCUGGAAGCUCACAUAUUUUUUAUAGCUGCGGUGAAGAUGGUCUUGUUCAGCAUUUCGAUUUGAGAACAAAAUCUGCAACAAAGCUCUUCAUUUGCAAAUCUUUUCAUGACAAAUCUGAUUACAUGCGCACUGUUAGUCUAAAUGCCAUUGCAAUAGAUCCACGGAAUCCCAACCUUUUUGCGAUUGCAGGAUCUGAUGAAUUUGCUAGAAUAUAUGACAUUCGAAAGAACAAAUGGGAUGGCUCAAGUAACUGUGAAUCCACCGACUGCUUCUGUCCUCCGCAUCUGAUUGGUGACUUGCGUGUUGGGAUAACAGGUUUGGCUUUCUCAGACCAGAGUGAGCUGCUAGCAUCAUAUAAUAAUGAGCUAAUCUAUCUCUUCUCAAAGUAUGAUGGACUUGGGUUCAAUUCAAUCAACCAAGCCAGGGAAUAUGCUGUGAAUAGGGAUAGUGGAGGUGGGCUAAGUUCAGCUUCAUCAUCAUCCACUUCAAAUUCCAAAGAAAUGCCUGGGCCACAGGCUUAUAAGGGACACCGGAACUGUGAUACAGUGAAAGGUGUGAGCUUUUUUGGUCCCCACUGUGAAUAUGUUAUCAGUGGGUCAGAUUGUGGUCGCAUCUUUAUUUGGAGGAAACGAGGUGGAGAACUCUUGCGAGUGAUGGAAGGUGACAAAGAUAUAGUUAAUUGUAUCGAACCUCACCCUUGUGCUCCAAUGUUUGCAAGUAGUGGAAUUGAGAGUGACAUUAAGAUUUGGACACCUAGUGCUACGGAAUUAGCACCACCUGUGAACAUUGAUGAGAUUAAACAGCCCAAGAGGAGGAACAGGCUCUGCCGCUUAGGUCUCCCUAUAGAUCUAAUGUCACAGAUCAUAACGUUUCAGCAUUCUGCCUCAGCUGAUGGCGGUGAAAGCUUGGUCGUUAAUGGUGAUUUGUUGGACCUUUUGAUGAGAAUAAGGGGUGUUGAUGAUUCAACAGAUGAUGACGGUGGUGGCGGCGGCGGAGGCGGCGAGUCAGCUGAGAAUCCUGGUGAUUGCUCAGUCAGCUGAGAUGGUUAGUUCUCAUCAGAAUUCUGAAAUUUUCACUUACCUGAAAUGAUUUUCUCUGUGUAUAUAUGUUUUAGUUCUGCUGGGUGACACUUAAAAUACUUGAUAUUCGUGUGAUUUCUUUACUCCCACUAUAUACAUAUAUUUAUCAUAUUUAUCAUCUUGCUGCUGAAAA